GGUAAUGGACCAGUAAAAGUUACGGGAAAAAUCAGUGGCUUGGCUGAUGGAGAUCAUGGCUUCCAUGUCCAUGAAUUUGGGGACAAUACAAAUGGGUGUACCAGUGCAGGUUCUCACUUCAAUCCUGAAGGCAAGCAGCAUGGCGGACCAAGUGAUGCAGAAAGGCAUGUGGGAGACCUUGGCAAUGUGACUGCUAAAGGAGGAGUGGCAGAAGUGGAUAUAGAAGAUUCCAUCAUUUCUCUUAGUGGACCACAUAACAUCGUUGGACGUACCAUGGUGGUACAUGAAAAACGUGAUGACCUGGGUAGAGGGGGAGAUAAUGAGAGCAAGUUAACCGGAAAUGCUGGACCUCGUUUAGCUUGUGGUGUAAUUGGAAUAGCAAAGUGUUAAACCUGAAAUGCUUAAGAUGACAGUGAUAAAUGGGCUGUAUUUCACUGCAAGUGUUGUACUUGCCCUUCCUUGUGCAAGCAAAAGAUGUAUCACUUAAUCUCAUUACUACUCUGCAUUCUGAGUAUCACUUAAACUGGUGAAGACUGACUUAAGACUGACUUAAUUUUGUAUGAUGUAUAUUGCAAUUAAAGUUACCCUGAUGGGAUGUCUCUGUAGUCUUCUGCUAAAACAUCUGCUGUAACCAUUAAGUAUAAUCUUCACUAACUGGAACCCCUGUUCUGUGUAAUGGGAGAUGUGUGGUAGUGGUCACAUCUUGAACACCACAGC